CGGCCUUGUGGUCGAAAUGAUUGCGCCGCAUUCUAGUAGACGCAAGGUCGCCGGUUCGAUUCCGGCCUCGGACAUGGGUGUUAAAUGUGUGUGUGAGUCUGUAUUUGUCCGAUUUUAAACGCUAAUUAAAUAUUAAGAAAUAAGCUGGCUGAAUGUCGUAAUAGACAAGUGGCCAAAAAUAGAAAAAAAAAAAAAAAUUAACCUAAUAUUUAUUUGUCACAUUUUCAUUUUCAUUUUUAUAAUUACUUUGAUUAUAAAAUAAUUAUAUUAUUGUAGUAAUUCCACAAAAGAAAAAUGGAAGAUAAAAGAUUUAGCCAUAUCGCCAAGGAUCCAAAAUUUCGCAGAAUCCCAAAAAAUGAAACUAAAGUCAAAAUCGACAAACGGUUUCAUUCUAUGUUUACGGACAAGAAGUUUCAAGUAAAAUAUACUGUUGAUAAAAGAGGCAGACCGGUAAAGCACCACUCUAAAGAAGAUUUAAAAAGGUAUUACGAAGUGAGUUCAGAAGAUGAGGAUUCAGAUGAAGAGCAGGAUUUAAAUGAGUCAGGAAAAUAUGUUCGAGCAUCUGAAAAUCAGGAAAUUAGUGAUAGUGAAACAGAUGUCAGCAAAGAUAAUGAGAAACAAUUGAAUUCAAAGCAUAUUAAUGACAAAAAAGUAUCCGAUGAUGUAAAAGCAAAACUAAGAGACUUGAAUAUUGAUUAUGCCAGAGGAGAACAGAACUUAUAUUCUGAUAGUUCAUCAGAUGAUGAAGAAAGUGAUGAUGAAGUAUCAGAAUCAGAAGAAAUAGAUCAUAGAUGGGGAGAGUUAGAUGCAGAUUCUGAAAAAACUGAUGAAGUUACUGACAGAUUAGCAGCAUGUAAUUUAGAUUGGGAUAGAAUUAGAGCAGUUGAUCUACUAAUGCUAUUUAAUUCAUUCCUGCCACCUGGAGGUAUCAUCCAUUCUGUAGCUAUCUAUCCGUCAGAGUUUGGUAAACAAAGAAUGAGUGAAGAGGAUAUUAAAGGACCUAUUGAGUUAGUUGAUUCAAAGAAAGAACAUUCAGAUGAGGAAACAGAAGAAGGUUCCAAAUAUCAUAUGGAAAAAUUAAGACAGUAUCAGUUAAAUCGUUUGAAAUAUUAUUAUGCUGUUAUAACUUUUGACAGUGGUACUUCAGCAAACAAAAUUUAUACAGAGUGUGAUGGUAUGGAAUAUGAAUCAAGUGCUACCAAGAUAGAUUUGCGUUUUAUCCCAAACGACAUGACUUUUGAAGAUGAUCCUAAAGAAUUUGUUGAUAAAUUGCCUGAAAAAUAUGAACCAAGAUUUUUCACUACAACUGCAUUGCAACAAGCCAAAGUUGAUUUAACUUGGGAUGAAACCAAUCCGGAGAGGUUAGAAUUUACUGAUAAACUGAAUAGUGGUAAAAUUGAUGAAAUUUCUGAAGAUGCUUUACAGAAUUUCCUAGGAGGUAGUAAUAGCGAAGAAGAUUCAAAUGAGAGUAGUGGAGACGAAAGUGAAUCAGAAAAUGUCCAUUCUGAAGAUGCAAUACAGAAAUAUAAAGCUUUACUCCAAGAUAUUCAAGAAAAAGAAGACGAAAAGAAGAACAAGAAAUUUGAGAUGGAAAUCUCAUGGGACAUAGAUGCUAAAGCAAAAGCAGAUAAAAUUAUUAAAGAAAAAACUGAAAACAGCGAAAAUCAAACACCUUUUCAAAAGUAUUUAGAUAAACGAAAGGAAAAAAGAAAAGAAAAAAGAGAAUCCAAAAAGAAAUCUCAGGAGACUGAAGAUUCAAAUGAUAGUGAUUUUCCUUCCGACAUUGAUAUGAAUGAUUCAUAUUUCGCUGAAGAAUUUAAUAACAAAGAAUUUAGUAAAAAAUCAAAUAAAAAAGGGAAAGAAAAAUAUGUUGAGGAUGAAGAAGAUAAACAGAAACAAGCCGAACUCUCGUUACUUUUAAUGAACAAUGAUGAAUCAGAGAAAAGUCAUUUCAGUCUAAAGAAAAUUCAAGACAAAGAAAGUCAAAGCAAAAAUAAGAAAAAGAAAUAUAAAAAGGAGAAAGUUCAUGAGCCUCAACCAGAAGAUAAUUUUGAAGUUAAUGUGGAGGACAACAGAUUUUCAGCCUUGUUCACAAGUCAUCAUUUUAAUAUUGAUCCUACAGAUUCGCAUUAUAAGAAAACAAAAGGCAUGGACAAAUUAAUCCAAGAGAAACUCAAAAGAAGAAACGAAGAUGCUAUUGAUAAAAAUGUAUCUAAAAAAUUAAAAGUGAAAAAUAACACGAAAAACUCAGAGCUAAGAGUAUUAGUAAAGAAUGUUAAGAGAAAGACUUUAGAAUAUAAUAAUAAAUGAAAUAUUUUAUUAACA